CUUGCCUAGCUAAAAGAGGAAGAAGGGGAUCAGCCCAAGGAGGAGGAGGAGGAAGAGGAAAACAAGAGAAACAGCCAGUACAGCAGAGAGGAACGUAUGCCCAGUGGUCCUGGUCACUACGGAGCUAGCGCUGAGACUCCAGGGCCUUGCCCACCCCUCUGCCCUGCAUCAUCCUGCUGCCUCCCCACUGAGGCCAUGGGCCCAAGGGCUCUGCUGGUCCUGCUGGUGGCCACAGCUUGGCAUGCUCAAGGGGUCCCAGUGAUACAGCCCAGCGGCCCUGAGCUGGUCGUGGAGCCAGGCACAACAGUGACCCUGCGAUGUGUGGGCAACGGCAGCGUGGAAUGGGACGGCCCCAUCUCCCCGCACUGGAACCUGGACCUCGAUCCCCCCAGCAGCAUCCUGACCACGAAUAAUGCCACCUUCCAAAACACGGGGACCUAUCACUGCACUGAGCCUGGAAACCCCCAGGGGGGCAAUGCCACCAUCCACCUCUAUGUCAAAGACCCUGCUCGGCCUUGGAAGGUGCUGGCCCAGGAAGUGACGGUGUUGGAAGGUCAGGAUGCGUUGCUGCCCUGCCUGCUUACUGACCCAGCGUUGGAGGCAGGCGUCUCGCUGGUGCGGGUGCGUGGCCGGCCCGUCUUGCGCCAAACCAACUAUUCCUUCUCGCCCUGGCAUGGCUUCACCAUCCACAAGGCCAAGUUCAUUGAGAAUCACGUCUACCAAUGCAGUGCGCGAGUAGAUGGCAGGACGGUGACAUCGAUGGGCAUCUGGCUUAAAGUGCAGAAAGACAUCUCCGGGCCUGCGACGUUGACGCUGGAGCCUGCAGAGCUGGUGCGGAUUCAAGGAGAGGCUGCCCAGAUCGUGUGCUCAGCCAGCAACAUUGAUGUUAACUUUGACGUCUCCCUCCGUCAUGGAGACACCAAGCUCACAAUCUCUCAACAAUCCGACUUCCAUGAUAACCGUUACCAAAAAGUCCUGACCCUCAACCUCGAUCACGUGAGCUUCCAAGAUGCUGGCAACUACUCCUGCACGGCCACCAACGCCUGGGGCAACCACUCCGCCUCCAUGGUCUUCCAGGUGGUAGAGAGUGCCUACUUGAACUUGACCUCUGAGCAGAGUCUCCUCCAGGAGGUGACUGUGGGUGAGAAGGUUGAUCUCCAGGUCAAGGUGGAGGCCUACCCAGGCCUAGAAAGUCUUAACUGGACCUAUCUGGGACCCUUCUCUGACUACCAGGACAAGCUCAAUUUUGUCACCAUCAAGGACACAUACAGGUACACCUCGACCCUCUCCCUGCCUCGCCUGAAGCGCUCGGAGGCCGGUCGCUACUCCUUCUUGGCCCGAAACGCUGGAGGCCAGAAUGCCCUGACCUUUGAGCUCACCCUGCGAUACCCCCCGGAGGUAAGGGUCACAAUGACCCUCAUCAAUGGCUCGGACACACUGCUCUGUGAAGCCUCCGGGUACCCCCAGCCCAGUGUCACGUGGCUGCAGUGCAGGAGCCACACCGAUAGGUGUGAUGAGUCUGCAGGGCUGGUCCUAGAGGACUCACACUCUGAGGUCCUGAGCCAAGUGCCCUUCCACGAGGUGAUCGUCCAUAGCCUGCUGGCCAUCGGGACCUUGGAACACAACAGGACAUAUGAGUGUAGAGCCUUCAACAGCGUGGGGAAUAGCUCCCAGACCUUCUGGCCCAUCUCUAUAGGAGCCCACACACAGCUCCCCGAGGAGCUGCUCUUCACGCCCGUGCUGCUCACUUGCAUGUCCAUCAUGGCCUUGUUGCUGCUGCUGCUCUUGCUGCUUUUGUACAAGUAUAAGCAGAAGCCCAAGUACCAGGUGCGCUGGAAGAUCAUCGAGAGCUACGAGGGCAACAGCUACACCUUCAUUGACCCCACCCAGCUGCCCUACAAUGAGAAGUGGGAGUUCCCCCGAAACAACCUGCAGUUUGGUAAGACUCUUGGAGCCGGUGCCUUCGGGAAGGUGGUAGAGGCCACAGCCUUUGGUCUGGGCAAGGAAGAUGCCGUCCUGAAGGUGGCUGUGAAGAUGCUGAAGUCCACUGCUCAUGCAGAUGAGAAGGAGGCCCUCAUGUCAGAACUGAAGAUCAUGAGUCACCUGGGCCAACACGAGAACAUAGUCAACCUUCUGGGAGCCUGUACCCACGGAGGCCCUGUUCUGGUCAUCACUGAGUACUGUUGCUACGGCGACCUGCUCAACUUCCUGCGAAGGCAGGCUGAGGCCAUGCUGGGCCCCAGCCUGAGUGUGGGCCAGGACCCCGAGGCAGGCGCUGGCUACAAGAACAUCCACCUGGAGAAGAAAUAUGUUCGCAGAGACAGCGGUUUCUCCAGUCAGGGUGUAGACACCUAUGUGGAGAUGAGGCCUGUCUCCACUUCUUCUUCAAACGACUCCUUCUCUGAAGAAGACCUGGGCAAGGAGGACGGGAGGCCACUGGAGCUACGGGACCUGCUCCACUUCUCGAGCCAGGUGGCCCAGGGGAUGGCCUUCCUUGCUUCUAAGAACUGCAUCCACCGGGACGUGGCAGCCCGAAACGUCCUGCUGACCAGUGGGCGUGUGGCCAAAAUUGGGGACUUCGGGCUGGCUAGGGACAUCAUGAAUGACUCCAACUACAUCGUCAAGGGCAAUGCCCGCCUGCCUGUGAAGUGGAUGGCUCCAGAGAGCAUCUUCGACUGUGUCUACACGGUUCAGAGCGACGUCUGGUCCUAUGGCAUCUUGCUCUGGGAAAUCUUCUCACUCGGGCUGAACCCCUACCCUGGCAUCCUGGUGAACAGCAAGUUCUACAAACUGGUGAAGGAUGGAUACCAAAUGGCCCAGCCUGCAUUCGCCCCAAAGAACAUAUAUAGCAUCAUGCAGGCCUGCUGGGCCCUGGAGCCCACCCACAGACCCACGUUCCAGCAGAUCUGCUCCCUCCUCCAGAAGCAGGCCCAAGAGGACAGGAGAGUGCCGAACUACACCAACUUACCAAGCAGCAGCAGCAGCAGCAGCAGCAGCAGCAGCAGCAGCAGCAGCUGCCGCACUGGCAGUGGCGGUGGCAGCAGUAGUGAGCCCGAGGAGGAGAGCUCUAGCGAGCACCUGGCCUGCUGUGAGCAGGGGGAUAUCGCCCAGCCCCUGCUGCAGCCCAACAACUACCAGUUCUGCUGAGGGGACAACAGGGAAGCACCGCUUUCCCCUUCCUCCAAGCUUCAACUCCUCCGUGGAUGGGGCACCACGGGGAGAACCUACAGACUCUGCCCUUGGUCAUUUCACUCAACAGCCCAGCCCAGCUCUGAAACUCAGGAACGUGAGAUCCAAGGGGGUCUCGGGAGGACCCCACUUCCAGGGCCUGGGCCAUCACUGCCAAUCAGGGGCUAGGGCUGAGCCCCCCACCCCGCCCACUGUUCUCAAUGCUAUGGCCUCAUGUUUGCUAUGCCGACUGGGAGAACCCCCAGCUCACUCUCUUAACCUUGUUCUCACUUCCAGGAACCCCUUUCCCUAACUCCCUUGUCUCACUGGAAAUGGACUGAUUUUACGGCCAUGAAGUGCCCUAACAUUGAGAAGACAAGGCUCCUUAGGCCUUGGCAGAGGACCCCCCCUGUAGCCAAGUGAAACGGCAAGAGCAGACAGGUGCUCAGAGACUGUGCCUGGCCCAGUGCCUGAGAGCAGGGGGGGCUCUUUUGUAAGAAUGAACUGUACCUCCUAGUCCCUGCCCUUUGGCCUUCUCUCUACAGCCCCACCCUCCCUGGAUCUGGUCCCUAGAACGAGCCAGGUGGCAGCUAAAAGUUCGGGGUUCUGCCCCCCCCCACCCCCACCCUGUCGUUCUGAGCUGGAAGGCAGGGGACCCGUGUGGCUGGCCACACCAAGCAAGCAGCACACACUCCGACAAGCUGACUCCUCUUAACUAACAGUCACGCUGCGGGACGUCUCUGUCAUUAAACUAACAGCAUUAACACA